CCCAAGGACCUGCAAAGGAGGGGACAGGGAAAAACUCAGUUUGUAGGGCUACACCGGCUAAGGGGUCAGAAGUCGUGGAGACCUUGAGUUGGCAGGGCUCAGCCCUGGCAGAUCCGUCCUCUGAACAGCAGCGCCAACCUGAAUUGCGCUGCUCUCUUCUCGGUCCAGUUAUUUCUGAGAGCACUGGAAAACGAGGCAGAUUCACUGAACCCCCUACGCUUCCCAAGGGUGCUUUUUGCUCCCUGCCUGGGAACCAGACUUUAAGGCUCUCGGGAGCACCUCCACAGACUAAGGAAGGACCGGCAUCAUGCACCACGGCGGGAGCAGAGCUGCAGGAACUCUGGGUAUCUCUCUUACACGGCCCGGGACUGUGUGCUCUGUCACCUCCCGGCCACCCCGGGUGCAGCUGCUGCCCUGGCUAUUACUCUUAAUUCUAUCACUAGGAAGGUGGGUCUCCGCUCAACUUGGCCCUAGUUCUGCGCUGCUGUCUCCUGGUUUCACUGGGUCGUCCCGUACGCCUGAAGAAGAGAUCAUAGUCCUGGCCAACCGUGGACUCCGGGUGCCUUUCGGGCGAGCAGUCUGGCUGGAUCCUUUGCAUGACCUGGUGCUGCAGGUGCAACCAGGAGAUCACUGCCAGGUGAUGGUACUGGACAACGACGCUCUGGCUCAGCUACCCGGCCACCUCAACCCCAAGCGAUUCCCCUGCGACUUUGGCCCUGGAGAGGUGAGCUACUCGCACCUGGGUGCCCGCAGCCCUUCACGGGACCGAAUCCGGUUGCAGCUGCGCUAUGAUACUCCCACGGGGUCAGUGGUGCUGCCCCUGGUGCUAGAGGUGGAGGUAAUCUUUACUCAGUUGGAGAUAGUAACCAGAAACCUGCCCCUCACCGUAGAGGAGCUUCUGGGAACUAGCAACCCGUUAGAUCAUCGUAGCCUAGAAUUCACUUACCAGUCUGAGACAGAGGAAUGUAGGGUAGGCAUCCUCUCUGGGCUAGGGGCUCUUCCUCGCUAUGGGAAACUGCUUAACUAUCCACAUGCUCUAGGAACAGAGAGGGACGGGGAAGGAGGAGGACUAGGGAAGCCUCUGAUGAUGGACUGCAACGCUUUCCUGGACUUGGGAGUGCAAUAUUUGCAUACAGCACCUGGUCUCUCCCCAAAUCGAGACUGGGUGCCCAUGGUGGUGGAGCUGCACCCCAGAGGUGCCCCAGUAGGAAGUCCAUCUUUGAAACGGGAGCACUUCCAGGUGCUAGUAAGGAUUCGGGGUGGGACUGAAAACACACCACCUAAGCCCAGUUUUGUUGCCAUGAUGAUGAUGGAGGUGGACCAAUUUGUGCUGACUGCCCUGACACCAGACAUGCUUGCAGCUGAGGAUUCAGAAUCAGACCCUGAUUUACUGGUCUUCAAUCUCACUUCACCAUUCCAACCAGGACAAGGCUACCUGGUGAGCACUGAUGAUCGCAGUUUACCUCUGUCUUCCUUCACCCAGCGGGACCUAAGACUCCUCAAAAUUGCUUACCAGCCCCCAGCAGAAGAUUCUGAUCAAGAGCGUCUUUUUGAACUAGAGUUGGAAGUGGUAGAUCCAGAGGGUGCAGCCUCAGAUCCUUUUGCCUUCAUGGUGGUUGUGAAACCCAUGAACACUCUGGCUCCUGUGGUCACCAGAAAUACUGGUCUUAUCCUUUUCGAGGGUCAGUCUCGGCCCCUCACUGGCCCUUCAGGCAAUGGACCCUCCAAUCUGGUCAUCAGUGAUGAAGAUGACCUAGAUGCUGUGCAUCUGGAGGUGGUGGCUGGCCUUCAGCAUGGGCAUCUGGCCCUUUUGGGUUCCUCUGUUGGAGAUCCUGCCAUGACUGGUUCUGGACCACCACGAAAGCACUUCACAGUAGCUGAGCUGGAGGCUGGACAGGUGGUUUACCAGCAUGAUGAUAGUGAUGGUUCUCUGAGUGAUAACCUGGUGCUUCGAAUGAUAGAUGGAGGAGGCCGCCACCAGGUACAAUUCCUCUUUCCCAUCACUUUGGUGCCUGUUGAUGACCAGGCACCUGUCCUCAAUGCCAAUACUGGACUGGGGCUGGCUGAGGGUGAUACUGUUCCAAUUCCACCCCUGGCUUUGAGUGCCACUGACAUUGACUCUGAAGACUCUAUGAUACUCUUUGUGCUGGAGCCCCCCUUCUCAGCAACAGGACAAUUGCUACUACGCCAGACCCAUCCACCCAGAGAUGGAGAAGAGCUUACUGGGGGUCCCUGGAGGCAAGUGGUGGAUUCCCAGCAGGGUACAUUAUAUGAAAAGUCAGUCAUAGAGUGGCGGCAACGGGACAUUGUUGAGGGAAGGCUGUUCUACCGGCACAUUGGUCCCCACAGUCCUGGAUUGGGACCUAUCAUGGACCAGUUUGUCUUCAGAGUCCAAGAUGACCACGACCCUCCCAACCAAUCAGGGCCACAAAAGUUCAUGCUUCGUAUUCAUCCUGUGGAUCGCCUACCUCCAGAGCUGGGCAGUGGCUGCCCACUGAGGAUGGUUGUACAAGAGUACCAAUUAACUCCACUGAGGAAGAAAUGGUUGCGCUAUACUGACCUGGACACAGAUGACCGAGAAUUACGAUACAUUGUCACUCAGCCCCCUACAGACACAGAUGAGAAUCAUUCCCCUGCCCCAAUGGGCACAUUAGUUUUGACUGAUAAUCCCUCAGUUGCAGUGACUCAUUUCACUCAGGCCCAGAUUAACCACCACAAAAUUGCUUACAGACCCCCAGACCAGGAAUUGGGAGUGGCUGCUCGGGUGGCUCAGUUCCAGUACCGGGUAGAAGACCAAGCGGGGAAUAUGGUUCCAGGCACCUUUACUUUUUAUCUGCAGCCAGUGGAUAAUCAACCCCCUGAGAUCCUUAAUACAGGAUUCACCAUCCAGGAAAGGGGCCAGCAUAUCCUGAGUGAAACUGAGCUUCAUGCUACUGAUGUGGACACAGAUACUACUCAGAUCUCUUUCACCCUCACUCAGCUUCCCAAGCAUGGCCAAAUUCAGUUAAGCCAAAGGAAGCUAGUCAUGGGAGACCUCUUUCACUUAGAGGACAUUGUUCAGGGCAGGGUCAUUUAUGUCCAUAAUGGAGAUGAAUCCCUAAGUGACAGCUGCUCUAUAGAAGUGAGUGAUGGACUUCAUGUGGUACCCAUUACCCUCAGAGCAAAUGUACGUCCAGUAGAUGAUGAGGUACCCACUCUAUCCUUGCCUGCUGGUACAUUGGGUUCCUACCUAGAUGUGUUAGAAAAUGAAGCUGCUGAAAUCACUGCUCAUGUAAUCAAGGGUACUGAUGAGGACACUGAUGAUCUGAUGCUGACUUUUCUCUUGGAAAACCCCCCACUAUAUGGGGAGAUCCUGGUGAAUGGAAUUCCAGCUGAGCAGUUUUCACAGAGGGAGAUUCUAGAAGGAUCUGUUGUCUAUGCCCACACUAGUGGUGAAAUAGGCCCAUUUCCCAAAGAGGAUUCUUUCAACCUGACAUUGUCAGAUAUGUCUCAGGAGUGGCGUAUUGGUGGCAACAUUGUGCAGGGGGUUACUGUGUUGGUGACCAUCCUCCCUAUUGAUAAUCAAGCCCCAGAAGUCACUGUGGGUGAACAAUUUAUGGUUGUGGAAGGUGACAAAAGGAUUAUUACCACUUCUCAUAUAAGUGCUGAGGAUAUUGAUUCCCCUAAUGAUGACAUUUUAUGUACUAUAGUUACUCAGCCAACUUCAGGUUAUGUUGAAAAUAUUUCUCCAGCCCCAGGCUCAGAGAAAUCAAGAGCAGGAAUAGCCAUCAGUGCCUUUACUCUGAAAGACCUUAAACAGGGACAUAUCUAUUAUGUCCAGAGUAUUCAUAAGGGUGUGGAACCAGUGGAAGAUCGAUUUGCAUUCCGUUGUUCUGAUGGGAUUAAUUUUUCUCACAGACACUUUUUUCCCAUUGUGAUCAUUCCAACUAAUGAUGAGCAGCCAGAAAUGUUUAUGCGAGAAUUUAUGGUGAUGGAAGGAAUGAGUCUGGUUAUUGAUACUCCCAUCCUCAAUGCUGCUGAUGGAGAUGUUCCUGCAGAUGACCUGACUUUCAUCAUUACCCAUUUUCCUACCCAUGGUCACAUCAUGAACCAGUUAAUAAAUGGUACAGUUUUGGUGGAAAGCUUCACUCUAGAUCAAAUCAUUGAGAGUUCUAGCAUUAUUUAUGAGCAUGAUGACUCUGAGACUCAGGAGGACAGCUUUGCCAUAAAAUUAACCGAUGGCAAGUAUUCAGUGGAGAGGAGGGUGAUCAUAUUAGUCAUACCUGUUGAUGAUGAGACCCCCAGAAUGACUAUCAAUAAUGGACUAGAAAUUGAAAUGGGAGAAACUAAAAUUAUCAGCAAUAAGGUUUUGAUGGCGACUGAUUUAGACUCUGAAGACAAAACCUUGGUUUAUAUUAUCCGUUAUGGACCAGGGCAUGGCCUGUUACAAAGACAAAGGCCUAAUGGUGCAGUUGAGAAUAUCACACUGGGCAUGAAUUUUACCCAAGAUGAAGUGGAUAGAGAUUUAAUUCAAUAUGUGCAUUUGGGACAGGAAGGUAUUAGGGACCUGAUCAAAUUUGAUGUGACUGAUGGAAUAAAUCCUCUAAUUGACCGUUAUUUUUAUGUGUCCAUUGGUAGCAUAGACAAAGUUUUCCCAGAUGUAAUAAGCAAGGGAGUUUCCUUGAAAGAAGGUGGCAGAGUAACACUUACAACAGACUUACUGAGCACCAGUGACCUCAACAGUCCUGAUGAAAACUUAGUCUUUAGCAUCACUAGGGCCCCUGUGAGGGGUCACUUGGAAUGCACAGAUCAGUCAGGAGUGCCCAUCACCUCUUUCACUCAGCUUCAGCUCGCAGGGAACAAAAUCUAUUACAUUCACACAUCUGAUGAUGAGGUAAAAAUGGAUAGCUUUGAGUUUGAAGUGACUGAUGGACAUAACUCUGUCUUUCGUACUUUCCGGAUCUCCAUUAGUGAUGUAGACAACAAGAAGCCAGUGGUCACUAUUCAUAACCUGGUGGUGAGUGAAAGUGAAAAUAAGCUUAUCACUCCUUUUGAACUCACUGUAGAAGACAGAGAUACUCCUGACCAUCUCUUGAAAUUCACUGUCAUCCAAGUGCCUGUUCAUGGUCAUCUCAUGUUCAAUAAUACCAGGCCUGUAAUGGUCUUUACCAAACAGGACCUGAAUGAAAAUUUGAUCAGCUACAAACAUGAUGGAACAGAAUCAACUGAAGAUAGCUUCUCUUUCACUGUGACUGAUGGCACACAUGCUGAUUUCUAUGUUUUUCCUAAUACCGUGUUUGAAACAAGGAGACCCCAAAUGAUGAAAAUCCAGGUGAUUGCUGUGGACAACAGCUCACCUCAAAUUGUGGUGAACAAAGGUGCCCCCACCCUUCGUAUCUUGACAACUGGACACUUGGGUUUCAUGAUCACAAACAAAAUACUGAAAGCAGAAGACAAGGACAGCUUGCACAUUUCCCUCAAGUUCAUUGUGACAGGAGCCCCACACCAUGGCUUUCUCUUCAACCUGGGGAAAGGCAAUCACAGCAUCACUCAGUUUACACAAGCUGACAUUGAUGACAUGAAAAUCUGCUAUGUCUUAAGAGAAGGGACUAAUGCUACAAGUGAUAGUUUCUACUUUAUAGUUGAAGAUGGUGGAGGAAAUAAGUUGACAAACCAACAUUUUCAUCUGAAUUGGGCAUGGAUCUCCUUUGAAAAAGAGUACUACCUGGUCAAUGAAGACUCCAAAUUUCUUGAUAUUGUCCUCAAACGCAGAGGUUACCUGGGAGAAACUUCUUUUGUCAGUAUUGGGACACAAGAUGGCACAGCAAAAAAAGACAGAGACUUCAAAGGAAAAGCACAGAAACAAGUGCAGUUCAACCCAGGUCAAACCACAGCAACCUGGAGAGUACGAAUUUUAAGUGAUGGUGAGCACGAGCAGUCAGAAAACUUCCAAGUGGUGCUGUCAGAGCCGGUCAUGGCUGUUCUAGAAUUCCCUGCCAUGACAACAGUGGAGAUUAUUGACCCAGGAGAUGAAUCAACUGUCUUUAUUCCUCAGUCUGUCUACACCAUUGAAGAAGAUGUUGGUGAAUUGUUCAUCCCCAUCAAGAGAAGUGGAGAUGUGAGCCAAGAAUUAAUGGUGAUCUGCUACACUCAACAAGGAACUGCAACAGGGACAGUCCCAACAUCUGUGCUCUCAUACUCUGAUUACAUAUCCAGGCCUGAGGAUCAUACCAGUGUUCUCCGAUUUGACAAAGAUGAAAGGGAGAAAAUGUGCCGGAUUGUUAUUAUUGAUGACUCCCUGUAUGAAGAAGCUGAAACAUUUCAUGUUCUGCUGAGCAUGCCCAUGGGCGGAAGAAUUGGUUCAGAAUUCCCAGGGGCUCAGGUUACGAUUAUCCCUGACAAAGAUGAUGAGCCAACUUUCUACUUCGGUGCUGUUGAGUACUCUGUUGAUGAGAGUGCUGGGUUUGUUGAAGUACACAUCUGGAGAACUGGUACUGAUCUCUCAAAGCUUUCUAGUGUCAUGGUGAGAUCUCGGAAAAGUGAGCCCCCAUCUGCUGAAACUGGAACUGACUAUGUGGGAAUCAGUCGUAAUUUAGAUUUUGCACCUGGAGUUAACAUGCAAACGCUCCGGGUAAUGAUUCUGGACGAUCGAGGACAACCAAUAUUAGAGGGAAUUGAGAAGUUUGAAUUAGUACUACGCAUGCCUAUGAAUGCUGCCCUUGGAGAACCCAACAAAGCCACCAUUUUUAUUAAUGAUUCAGCUUCUGAUUUGCCUAAGAUGCAAUUUAAAGAGCGUGUGUACAGUGGUAAUGAAAACGAUGGCCAGAUUGUUGCCAUGAUUUAUAGGAGUGGAGAUAUCCAACAGAAGUCUUCAGUAAGAUGCUACACUCGGCAGGGAUCUGCACAAGUAAUGAUGGACUUUGAAGAACGCCCGAACACAGAGAGUUCCACUAUCACAUUCCUUCCUGGUGAGACUGAGAAGCCCUGCAUCCUUGUACUGAUGGAUGAUGCAAUCUUAGAAGAAGAGGAGGAACUACGUCUAGUUCUUGGUACCCCACAAAGUGAAUCUCCUUUUGGAGCUUCUGUUGGCGAACAAAAUGAAACUUUGAUAAAGAUCCGAGAUGAUGCUGACCGAACAAUUAUUAAGCUUGGGGAAACCAAAUUUAACGUCCGUGAACCAAAAGAGCCAAGUCAGUCAGUCAUUGUGAAAAUUCCUGUGCUUCGUCAAGGAGACACUUCAAAGGUUUCCAUUGUGAGAGUGCAUACAAAGGAUGGCUCUGCUGUCUCAGGAGAAGACUAUCUCCCUGUGUCAGAAGAAAUUGAAUUUAAGGAAGGUGAAACCCAGCACAUUGUUGAGAUUGAAGUUCUCUUUGAUGGAGUCAGAGAGAUGAGGGAAGCCUUUACUGUUCACCUGAAGCCUGAUGAAAACAUGGUAGCAGAAACCCAGGUUACCAAAGCCAUUGUGUACAUAGAAGAAAUGAAUAGUAUGGCAGAUGUCACUUUCCCUUCAGUGCCUCAAAUUGUCUCCCUUUUGAUGUAUGAUGAUACUUUACGAAGUAAAGACAGUUCUGGUCCAGUGCCUGGUUAUCCUGUGGCUUGUGUUACAGCUUGCAACCCCAAAUAUUCUGACUAUGAGAAGACUGGCUCUAUAUGUGCAAGUGAGAGCAUCAAUGACACUUUGACUAGAUACCGAUGGCUUGUCAGUGCACCCACAGGCUCUGAUGGUGUGACCAGCCCCAUGAAAGAAGUGGAUUUUGAUACCUUUUUUACCUCCUCUAAGAUGAUCACAUUGGACUCCAUUUACUUUCAAGCUGGCUCCAGGGUACAGUGUGCAGCUCGAGCUGUGAAUACAGAUGGAAAUGAAGGGCUGGAGCUAAUGAGCCCAAUUGUCACAGUGAACAGAGAAGAAGGUCUUUGUCAGCCCCGAGUGCCAGGUGUGGUUGGUGCAGAACCAUUCUCAGCCAAAUUGCGUUAUACAGGUUCUGAAGAUGCAGACUACACAAAUCUCAUCAAGCUCACUGUCACAAUGCCGCACAUUGAUGGCAUGCUCCCGGUGAUCUCCACUAGAGAGCUGACCAACUUUGAGUUGACCCUCAGCCCUGAUGGCACAAGAGUUGGGAACCACAAGUGCUCCAACCUCCUGGAUUACACUGAAGUCAAGACUCAUCAUGGUUUCUUGACGGAUGCUACCAGAAACCCAGAAGUGAUUGGAGAGACGUAUCCUUACCAAUAUAGUGCAUCUAUCAGGGGUUCUGGUACCUUGCGAUUCUACCGCAACCUGAACCUAGAAGCCUGUUUAUGGGAAUUUGUCAGCUACUACGAUAUGUCUGAGCUCCUCACAGACUGUGGAGGCACCAUUGGGACUGAUGGGCAGGUGCUGAAUCUAGUGCAAUCCUAUGUCACACUGCGUGUUCCACUCUAUGUGUCCUAUGUUUUCCACUCCCCCGUUGGGGUAGGAGGCUGGCAGCAUUUUGACCUGAAGUCUGAGCUUCGCCUGACUUUCGUGUAUGACACUGCCAUCUUGUGGAAUGAUGGAAUUGGCAGUCCACCCGAAGCAGAGCUCCAAGGUUCCCUUUAUCCAACCAGCAUGCGCAUCAGUGAGGAAGGACGUUUGGUGGUAAACUUUAAGACAGAAGCUCGAUUCCACGGUUUGUUUGUGUUGUCCCAUCCUGCAUCUUCCAUGAGCUCUAUGAUCAUCUCAGCUGAUCAUCCUGGCUUGACUUUCUCUCUCCGCCUCAUAAGGAGUGAACCAACAUAUAACCAACCAGUCCAGCAAUGGAGCUUUGUUUCUGACUUUUCGGUCCGGGACUAUUCAGGAACCUAUACAGUGAAACUGAUAGCCUGUUCAACCUCUCCACAUCAGGAAUACAGCUUACCAGUGAUUUGUAACCCCAGAGAGCCAAUCACAUUUGAUCUGGACAUCCGAUUCCAGCAGGUCAGUGACCCUGUGGCAGCUGAAUUUAGCUUGAACACACAGAUGUUCCUCCUCUCCAAGAAGAGUCUCUGGUUGUCUGAUGGAUCAAUGGGAUUUGGGCAGGAGAGUGAUGUUGCAUUUACAGAAGGUGAUAUCAUUUAUGGUCGAGUAAUGGUGGAUCCUGUACAGAACCUGGGGGAUUCCUUCUACUGCAGCAUUGAGAAGGUGUUCCUGUGUACUGGAGCUGAUGGAUACGUACCUAAAUAUAGUCCAAGUAAUGCUGAAUAUGGCUGCUUAGCAGAUUCCCCUUCUCUACUGUAUAGAUUUAAAAUUGUGGACAAAGCUCAACCAGAGACCCAAGCCACUAGCUUUGGCAAUGUUCGGUUCAAUGCUAAACUUGCUGCAGAUGAUCCUGAAGCAGUUCUCUUAGUUAAGCAGCCUGGAUCGGAUGGAUUUAAAGUUGACUCAACACCACUCUUUCAGGUGUCCCUGGGCAGGGAAUGGUACAUCCAUACCAUCUAUACAGUCAGAUCGAAAGAGAAUACAAACCGAGGUAUUGGCAAACGGAGUGCGGAAUACCAGUACCACUCUCUGUCAAGUCCUGGGAUACUUGGGACGUCUACACGGAGCAAAAAGAAAAGAGAAGCCAGAGACGCUCCCCUGCUAGCCAACGAAAUCGGGGCAGAAAACAACAGAGGAACAAACAUCCAGCACAUCGCCCUGGACCGCACCAGUAAGAGGCAGAUCCCCCAAAGGGAAGUUCCUCUGGACGGAGUUCUUCCUAGGGAGCUUAACAACAGCAACCCGGAAGUAAACCUCAUCACCGUUAUCACAGGUGUGGCUGCAGGUCUGCUCACCAUCUGUUUAAUUGCAAUCAGUGUACUGCUGCUAAAGAGGAAGCAGAGCUCCAAAAAGAAGGAAGCGUCGGCGGGGGGCUCGGGCAGCAGUGAACCCAUGAUGCCCCAGCACAGAUACGCUUGCGACAGCUCCGAGGUGUGAUCCCCGCGUCUGGAACUGAGCCUCAGAAAGGAACCCCACGCACAGCUUCUGGUAAGCACUUCUGGAGGCUCCAGGUACACUCACGGACUCUGAUCGGAACCCUUUCUUCUCCUUCUCCAGUCACAAGAACACUUCAGACCAGCCUCUCGUUCUGCCCGAACCGGCCUCAUUCACGCCGUCAUAGCAAUGCAGACGCUGUCAGGGGGACAGCCCUGAGAGGGAACCACAUUUCACUGUAGCCAUUUCCCACGAUGGAGAAGAAACUUUCCAAAGGUGCUAGUAGAUCUUAGGAACGGUAGAAGAGGAAGCCUCUUCUUUCUUGUGUAUGAACUUCAAAGGUGCCAUUUUCAUGUUGUCCUUCAGGAUAUAUGGUUUCUUACUAGAAACUUCAUCAUCAUUAGUCUGGCAGAAUGGGAAGCACAUCAUUGAACACGACAAGUUUUCCAAGAGGUGAAGACAGCAGAGAACCAUGACUAGGGCUAUAUCUUAAUCCACAAGUUUGGGGUUUCUUAAAAUACACGGGAGAAGGAGAGAGAGAAGAGGUCCCUCAGUAGUAUUUGAUCUGAUUCUCAUCUUUCGCACCCCACCGUGGUUUUUGUUUUUGUUGUUAUUUUGGGGGGUGCUUAAUUUAAGUGUUAUUAAACCAAAGAAUAUGGUCUGUCUAGAAGAGAGCACAUUUUUUAUGGAAAUGGGACAUCUCUGUCCUGAUAUAUAAAGGGUUAUAGAACUACUAGAGAGUAAAUUAUACUUGUUGACAGCACCAACUGAUAUGGGGAAGGACAUGGGCCACCUAGAGAUGAUAUAGCAUUAAAUCCAAACACAAGACAAGGUUCUGAAAGAACUGAGCCUAGAAAACAUCCGCAAUUCCAAGUCCUUUGUUUUCUAGUUAGUUAAGACCUUUUAGAAAAUGGGUGUGAAGGAGGAGCACCUAUUUCAUUGGAGGAAGUUGUACUGAUUGGUAGAGUAGUGCUGUCUCUAGAAAGUACUAGAGAGAAGGACAGCUUCCUGUCUCCUGGGAUGAGACCAGUCCUUAGUCAGUGUGUCCAGGCAACAGGGUCAUACUUGAAUGUAUGAGGGUCAAAUGAAUGAUGACAAAUGAUAGGGAUGUUCUCAUUAGAAACUGAUCCAGAAGCAGAGAAAGCCCUAUAGUUGUCAUACUAAAAAGACCCCACAAGUUACUCAGCUUCAAAGAUCUGAGAAAAAGUCAUCCUUAAUCCAGAAAAUCCUCCCUGCAAACUCCAUGCUUGAGAAUUAGCCCCAGUGUUCUAGUGUAAUUAUACAUAUAUUUAUACAUCUAUACACAUAUACAUAUUUCUAGACAUAUAAAAAUGUAUGUUUUAUAUAUAUAUACACAGAGAAAUGCACACACACACAUAUACAAACCUAGUAAAAGAGUCACUCUCUGUGACUAGGUACACCCUAAACUUUCUGAUUUGGGAAAACAAAUAUCUACAGUGGGUUAUCUAGUGUGGGUUUCCCUUCCCUUAGGCAGCUUGGCAACUUAGCACUAUAGAAAUCUCUGAGAAAGAAUAGAGGAGGUCAAUUUCUUCACUUGAUAAGUGAGUUUAUUAGAAUUUAAUGGCAGUUCCAAGGCACGCAAGCAACAUCUCUUACCAAACAGAUCCAGAGAGUGCCCUGAAUCCCAGGAUUUCCCCAACAAAAGUCAGUGGUGAGACAUCUGGAAGCAUUCACCAGUCUUGCACAGCCAGUGUUGUGGCAAAUGUUAUGUGCUCUUUGGCUACCUCAUAGUUUAUGUAUGAAUUGAACAUUAGCUCUGUUGCUACAAACAGUCUAUGGACUAUAUGCUAUUUAAUGUUUUGGCAAAUUAAUAUAGAGCAUAGAAUCUCACCUAAUCUUGUGUUAGAUCAUCAACAGAAUGAUGGCACACAGACCAAACCUCACUUCAGAGCUCCCUUUGAGGACUGAGCCACCAGACUGUCUUAUAGUUGUGACCAUUAUAACAAUAUCCUUCUGAGAGUUUCAAUAAUCAAUACCUUUACAAACCUACCUUACAUCAAAUUCCAUCCUAUAAUGAAGAAUGUUUUAGUGAUGCUUUUGUUAGAUCAUUCGUGGAAGGUAGAACCCGAGAAAUAAUAAUUUUUCCUAUUAAAGAACUAGAAAUCUGUGUUUCCCUUUUAUUUUUAUUUUUCCUUCUCCUAGAAAAAUACUGUUUCAUUUUGGCCUGAGGAGGAAAGAGUGAGUGUUUGAAAACAGUUAAAAUUGUGCAAACUUUCAUAAAUCUAUAGGACUUAAAAGGAAGGAAAUACAGAAUUUUCUAAUGAAAUCUGUAUUUAUUUACUAUGGUAUAUAAAGUAUUUUCACCUAUAUCUAUAGAUUGUGCUCUCCAACAACAACAACAACAAAAAAGGUAAUUCCUUGAAAUAACGUAUUUGAUAGUAAGAUUGAUGGACCUCACACAGGUUUUUUUUAAAAACUGAUAAAUUUUUUAAUUUUUCAUUUUUUCAUUUCAAACACAUUGUGAUUUUGUCAUAAAUUCACAGCUUUGGGAGUAUAAGGAGGGGAGAAACUUCCUUGUUAGCCAGAAUAGAAAUGGAGCCAACUCCCUAGGCAAUCAAAAGCUGCUGUUUUGCCCUGGAUAAAAAUGGCAUUCUACUGAAAUUUUAUAGUAUUACAAACAACAUUACUGAUCUUUGUAAAGCUUAUAACUGUGCUAAGAAUUCACUGAUGAAUAUUUUCUGUUAAUUUUCACAUUAAAUGAGAGUUACAUUUGCUUAGGCUCAGUCAGUCCAAAUUUACUGAGUUUGACCUACUGGUCACUCAGAAGAAUCAUAAAGAAAACAGAUGGCAUUGCUCCUUCCCUUUACAACUCACAUCCUACUCUCAAGAGUUACUUGAACCAAGAGUCAGAUCAGUGUGAUGCAGUGUGGACCUGAGUUCAGAUUCUUACUUUCUCAUUUCUCCUCACAUUGGUGUGACCUUGGGCAAGUCAGUAAAGUCUCCCAUUCCUCAUCUAUAAAAUGAGGCAAAGGGUGGCUCUACACCUCUAAGGUAACUUCCAGCUCUAAAUCUGUGAUCCUCUGAUCUCUAAGGUCCCUUGGAACUCUAACUAAAAUGAUGUAGGCCUAAAGCAAAAGGAAGGUAUUAAUAUUUUAAGAAACUGUGAUUUCAUAAGUCCCAGCUAUUUUUCCUAAUAGAUGGUAAGUUCCUUGGGGGUGGAGACUGUCUUCUGUCUUUUUCUGUAUCCCCACUGCUUAACACUGUACUUAGUACAUAAGAGGCAAUUAAUAAAUCUUCACAGACUGACUGCUUCUGUUAGAGAUGUGAUUUGAGACUAGGUCUUCCUGAUUAGCCUCUACAUUCUGCACUCUAUCCAUUAUACUACCUUGUCUCUUGAGUGCUAAUAUUUGUCAUUAAAAAAACCCAUAGGCUAUUUGCCAUUUUCACCACAAUCUGUAUUUGUAAAGUGUAAAUGAAUUUCUCAUAACUAUAAAGCAGAUUGUAACAAUACAGAUUUGAAUUCUUACUCAAUUUUUAACCCCGUUUUAUUAAAAGAAUGGAGUAUAUUAUUUAAUUUCAGUAGAUCUUAGGUAAUAUCAUCUAUAUAUGUUUCCUAAAGUCCACAUCCUAACAAGUUUCUACUCUCUAAGAAUUUAAAUAUUAUUGAUACAAAUUAAAACUAAAUUUUUAAAAAUUCAACAAAUACUUAUUAAGUGCCUUCUACAUUCAAUUCCUUCUGCUAGUCUCUGUAACCUAUUGUUGUCUUAAAUAUUAUUAUUAUUAUAAUAGCUUGUUAUUAUAAGGCAGCUGUAUCUUGGACUUCACCCAAUGGUGUUUAGUGAAAGAAGUACCCAGAGGGCCUCAUUAUUGCUUACAAUUCUGUGGCACAAAAUGGACUCUAGGUGGCAGGGUUAAAAGAGAGGUAGAGUCUCAUUUUUUACAAAGGUAUCUUUCCUCUCAACCCCAUGCUGGUGCCCAGUAAGUAUUAAAUGAUCAUACUAAAGUAAAUAUUAUUCAAGUAAUUAUUAUGCCUUUUGAAUAGAUGGGACUUUUGUUUUCAAAACAUAUAAUUAAAUUUCUGUUAUAUUUUUAAAGAAGCCAGUUUAGCAUAUGCUUGAGCCAGUUACAUGGUCCAGAUACAAAAUCUCUUUUGUUUGUAAAAGUAUAAGUAUCCAUCAAUCUCAAUAUUUUCUUAUUUUUGUUUUAAUUGCAAUAAAAAGUAAAUUCUACUUGGAAUGAAACUUCAGUCGGCACUGAUAAGAGAGAAAUAACUAAAAUUUAUGUUUACAUAACAGGAAGAUCUCAAAAUGCUUUGAUUGUAGUAUCCCUUUGAAGUCUAUAAAGUAAGCAUUAUUAUUCCCAUUGUACAGAUGAGAAAAAUGAGGCUUGAAGAAUCCAAGUGACGGGCCAUGGUCAGAAACCAGAAUUCAAAUGUAUGUCACCUGAUUCCAAGUUCAGUACUCUUUCUACUAUAACAUGGUUCCUCUCGUAGAAAUCAAAAAGUGAACAUUAUAAUUAAUUAUAACUACUUGCAUUUCUAUAACUCUUUGAAGUUUACAAAAUUCUUCACUCAGAAAUAGCUGAUUAACUUAUCCACAAGAAAGGUCCCAGUGUUCAAAUGGGGAAGGACCCUAAAGCAACCAGUUUGUCCAGUUUGCUGAUCUUCAUUCAAAUAAGCAUGUCAUUUGUCAGGAAUGUAGAAAUACCAGUUCUUCUUUUUGAGCAUUCUGGAAACAGCCCCAAAGAAGUGAGGGCAACCAAAUAUUUUAUCUCUAGUAUGAUAUGGUUCCAGUUAUACAGAUCUGAACAAAGUGGUCUCCAAAGGACAAGAAUUACCUUAAAAGGUCAUUUCAAUGAAUCUGAUUUGAUGUCUCCAAAAUAUUUUUGUCAUUUCCCACUGGUUAUUAUUUCACACUUUUAGUUCACAUGAGGCAGUUGUCAUUUACUUUUACAGUCUGAUCUCUGCAGCUACCUUGAGAAGUCAUUUAAAACUUUUUCUUAUUAUGGACAGAGAAGGUGAUUGCCAUGAGAUGGCAUCAUGGGAAACUGAGAAAGGGUAUCCUAUUUGGAGGUAGAGGAAGUAGGUUUAAAUUGUGACUCUUCUCACUUCCUACUAUACCUGUGUGACUUUGGGUUCGUCAUGACCUCUCUGUGUCUCAGUUUCUUCAUCCUUAAAAUGAAGGUCUUGAAAUAUCUGACCUCUGAAGUCCAUUCCAGCUCUAAAUCUAUGAUCUUGAAAUUUUCCCAGCAAAACAGUGAUUAGGAUGGGACUGAAAUUCUUUGUCCUUGUAUUAUCACUCUGUUUUAGAAUUUCCCAAUACACAUGUUCUCUUUGACAUGAAAUGGUCAACACAAAGCUUUUUUUAUAAAACAAAAAACAAAUCUCAGAUGAUAGCAAGCAACUGGCUUAAAUCAAUUCAUUCCUUAACACAUUUCAUUUUUUAAAUUUCCUUUGAAAUAAUGCUAAAAUCACAUGAUAAUAACAAUGAACCAAAGAAGAAAAAUGCUUGCCUCCACAUAGUAGGUAUUAAGUACUUGUAGACAGAUUCAUUGGUUGAUUCAUAAAAUCAAAGAAACAUAGGUUAAGGCUUUCAUUUCUCAGUGAUUCUUGACUCUUUAAAAAUUAAUAAAUCGCUCUAGGGUUCUACCAGUUCUUUUGAUUUCAUUGAAUUAUAGCCAGUUUCAAAAGUGAAAUGCAAAUUAUAUUUCAGAACAGAAAUGGUAUUGUGGGCAUUUAAAAUAUAGAUGAUUAGCCCUCAUCCUGAACUAAAGCUAAUUAAGCAAAACAACUCAGAAAGCAAGUUGUUGUUUUUUUUUUCCAAUUGGUUUGCAUCAGGAUGUAUCUUAAGGUAUGUCUCAUUAAAAUGUGUCUAGAACCUGAAACCUCCUUUUGCUUUUGUCUAAGUGCCUUGGUUUUUGUUUUGGGGUCCCCCCCAUUUUCCCUUAAAAUGUUCAAUUUUGCAGGAAACCCUGUCAAAGUUAAGGCAUCUCCAGCAGGGAAAUCCUGCUGUGAUUCCAAUAAUUCAGAUUCCGCUUCAUUUCUAAUUAAGGAAGCUUGGUUCUCAUUACUGUUCUUCUUCCCCUUUGGGUGCUAUUACCAGUGCUCCUAGAUCAGAGCUCUAUUCAUCUGAGAGAUGGCAUAAGUCAGGAUAGCACCUGUCUACGGGGUGUCUCUUUUGUGUGGAGUCCUGCAACACUUUUAAAUGAAGAAACAGAAAACAGAUACCAUUUGGAAACAAAAUCAAGUAUUUUCAUGGCCAUAUUUUCCCAGUUAAUUUUUUAUCACUUUUUGAUAGCUUUUUAACAAUAACAAUAGGCAGAAAAGAUCAAGGUCAUACAAUUGGAAAUGAUAUGCGGUAUUUUCUAAUAUUGUGCAAACUUAUUUUAGUUUUAAGUGGGAUAAAGCCUGCAAAUAAAGCCCAGUCAUAAUGAAAAUAAAGGCAAUGUAUUGUAUUGAUUAAGUUGGCCUUAGUGCUAAGAAGACCUGGGUUUGAAUACUGCCUCUAACAUGUUCUAGCUGUGACCAUAGACAAAUAAACCUCAGCAUUUUAAGACUAAAUUACAGAGGAAUUAAAUGGAGGAGGUGGUUUUCUCCCCUAAUAUUCUCCAUAUAGACCCAAUCACAGAUCUGAACCAAAAUGCUAAAAAAGAAUGAAAAGCUAUAUCUGGUGCAUUUUUCAAACAUGAUCAAUUUUAACCUUAUACCUCUAUCCCCCCUCUCCCCCUGCCCUUUUUAAAUAAUCUCACUGAAUCUGGUGCUAACUGGCUAAAGAAGCCAGUUUCUAUUGUAUACUGAACUGCCAAAUGUAGGUAAAAAAGUAGAUUUGUGUUAUGUGAUGUGUCUUCUGGUAUAAAUAUUUUAUAGCAAAACACAAGCUCUACUUAAAAGACAGAGAUGAGAAGGAAAAUAAACCAACAUAGAAAAAGAGAAUAAUAAGUGAAUGAACAAAAGGGCAUCCUUGAAGUAAAAAGGAAAUCCCUGGUUGCAAAAAAAAAAGCAAUAUUGGCCAUAAAGCUCCUGAUAAAGUUAAGCAUUUUAAGAUUAUUAAGCAUAUUAACCACCUCUGGAUUGAGAGAAAAUAGAUUUAAGGUGAAGAAUGAGAUAUAUAUUUCUGUACAUGGUCAACAUAGGGGUUUUAUUUGCCUGAUUAUGCAUAUUUAUUACAAUCAUUUUCUUUUUCUUUCUUUGUCACGGAUGGAAUAUAAGUCAGAAGCAGAGAAAAUAUUUUUGUUAAUUGAAAUAUAAAAAAUUAAAUAAAAUAGCAGAGAUUUAUACUUCUCCAUUGUGGCUUCAGGAUUUUGAAGUCUUCAACAAAGUAUUUCAGGCCAGUUUUCCUAUUAAAUAACUUUGUCUUUCCUCUGAACAAGGAGCUAUAUGUGUAGUGAUUUUAUUAAAUGUCUCCUUCCUCCCUAAAGUGACCUUCACAUAUCUGAUCAAUCGCUAUUUGUCUAGUCACACCUUAAGAUUAUAUAUCUGUAAUGAAUGUAUUUGCAAAGUUUUGUAGCCCAUGUAAUUUACCCAUCAAACUGUUUAUAAUACCAGCAAUGUGUAGAUAUUUCACUCCUGUUGUUAGCUACAAAUGCUAAUUUUUUUUUUUACAACUGUAUUUUUCUUACUGUUUUACACACAAAUUAUUUGGAACUGUUUCGUCUCAAGUCCAUGUCUACAAUAACUUGCUUUUUUGUUGAAAAAAUGCAGCUCCUUUUUUUCUGGGUACAUCUCUGCAUAGCAGUACUAACAACAGACAGGAAUGGUACAAUAUCUUAGUGCUUGCUGUCACUUGUUAUUUAGACCAAAAGCACAAAAUUACUAUGGUCUACAAUAAACCUCAUUUGUUUUUA